GCAUUGAUGUGACGAGUGAACUUCAGCCAUAAGUGGGAUCCGAUGUGUGGAUGUAGUUCCAGUGAGGACUGCCACUGCUCUGUUUCUACUUCUUCCACACAGAGAUCGGCUCAGGCUGCAGUGGGGGACGCUGCUGACUCCUCAUGUGUCCAGCAGCUGGUUCUUCUUUGUCUUUUCGGGUCCGUCACUGGUGUCCAGGCUCCUGGGGUUUGUAGGGAGAGGCAGAAAAACGUCCUCCCUUCUCAGAGAUGCUCCGGGUCCAUUUGAAAGACACCUAACUCCAGAUCCAGACUUCAAAACAGAGGGAGACCUUUACCAAAAUGUGGACAUGACCAGCAGUCUGUUGUGGGUGGAUAUUUUAUGUGGAUCUCAGGACCCACAGAUGAAGUUUCAGCCUGAAUCAGAUGCACCCAUCUGGGUGCUGUGUGAGUUUUUGGGCCUAAAGAGGGCUGUAAACAGGAGGAGCCUUGAGGGACAUCGUAAAAAUUUUAUCGGGAAGUACUUCUGCCAGGAAAGAAAGACUUGUUCAUUGAGUCGGACCUGAUGAGUCCUCUGGAUCGGAUCGCUAACAUGUCGACCCUAAAGCAACAUGACAUCGUCAAACUGUACAAAGUGGAGUACAAAGCAACAGUGAGCCUGUCCGAUCAGCUCUGCUUUCUGAUCAGACCCAGAAUCCAGACAGUGAAGUGGAUUUGUGAUGUGGUCAAUGCAGACAAAGCAGUGGGAAGGUUCAGAAGAUACAAGAUCAUCUUUACCCCUCAGAGGUUCUUUGCAUGUGAGGCGGUGCUGGAGGAGGAGGGCGUCUUUGGCGACGUGACCACAGACGAGUGGGCCUUCUACCUCCUCCCCCUUGAUGAUGACAUCUUAAGUAUGGAGCUGCCUGAGUUCUUUCACGACAAUUUUCUGGCAGGAGAUCAGCGGUGGCUGAGAACAGUAGGGGGCGCUCUGCACCUCCUCCACUCGGUUUACGGCCCGUUCUCCAAGCUGUACGGGAUUGGCUCCUGUUCCCAGAUGACGUACGAGUGGUGGAGGGAGCAGGUGGAGCAGGGAGAACAAGGAGCUCGUCCUGCUGAGAUUGGGAGUGUCUUUCUCAUUGACCGAGACGUAGACUUCGUCACUCCUCUGUGCUCACAGGUGGUGUACGAGGGGCUGCUGGACGACAUUUUUCGGAUCAAGUGUGGCUGCGUGGAGUUUGGUCCAGACGUCACCUCCUCUGACAGAAGUGUGAAGGUCAUGCUGAACUCCCAGGAUAAGGUCUUCAAUGAAAUCCGAAACGAACAUUUCUCCAACGUCUUUGGUUUCCUCAGCCAGAAGGCCAGGAACCUGCAGACUGCAUACGACAAGCGUCAGGGGAUGGACAUCAAGCAGAUGAAAACGUUUGUGUCUGAGGAGCUGAAAGGACUGAAGCAGGAGCACCGGCUGCUCAGCCUGCACAUUGGUGCUAGUGAGUCCAUCAUGAAGAAGAAGACAAAGCAGGACUUCCAAGAGCUGCUGCAGAGAGAACACUGUCUACUUGAAGGCUUUGAAAUCCGUGAAAGCAUUUCCUUCAUAGAGGAGCACAUCAACAGACAGAUCUCCAUGAUGGAAAGCCUGCGGAUGCUGUGUCUUCUGUCCAUCACAGAGAACGGACUGCUGCCCAAAGACUAUCGCUCUUUGAAGACGCAGUACCUCCAGAGUUAUGGCUUUGACCACCUGCUCACCUUCUCCAACCUGAGGCAGCUGGGGCUGCUGGUGGAGCAGCAGGGGGCGGAGACGCUCACCGUCAUGGAAAGCAAAGUGGGAAAGCUGGUCAACGACAAAACGGCAGGGAAGAUCACAGACGCCUUCUCCUCUUUGGCUAGGAGAAGUCAUUUUCGGGCUCUGAGCCGGAAGCUGAAUUUGGUGCCAAAGUCGGAUGAGGAGUAUGACCUGCGCGUUCCUAAAGACAUGGCUUAUAUCUUCAGCGGUGCCUACGUGCCUCUGAGCUGCAGACUCAUCGAGCAGGUGCUGGAGAGGGACGGGUGGGCGGGGCUUGAAGACGUCACCAGGCUCCUGAAUGGCCACGAAUUUGCUGUGACAGGGGGCAGCAGAGCUGAACCCAACAGCGAUGCCCAGCGCCUGGUUCUGGUCCUGUUCCUCGGAGGAUGCACCUUUUCAGAGAUUUCAGCGCUGCGCUUCCUGGGCAGAGCAAAAGGUUAUAAAUUCAUCGUUGUCACAACUGCAGUGACCAACAGCUCCAGACUGUUGGAGGCUCUGCUGGGAAACCACGCCUGACUCCACCCUCAGCCGCCCCUCUGGGACCGGUCCGGGUACCCCUGUACAGGAUCCGCUGUGGAUCCAUGUGGGUCUGUCUGCCUCACACUACAGAUGAAAUAAAUGUCUUUAGUAGCUUCAUUAGCUCACCUGUCUUCAAACCAUCAUCUAUACUGAAGUAUGGAGACAGAAGACUUAUUAUGGGAUCUCAGGCUGAAUCCAAAUGGCUUCUCCAUCCCCCUACAUCGAUCCCGUAAGGAACAAAGAGCCUUUUCAAAUGCUGACAUUAAUCACUCGAUGACAUCAUCAGUGGUCGCCGGUCUUCUAGUUGCUACCAGCGCUCAGAAAUACAGAACAUGGGUUUUAUAGCUUCAAAAAGCCAUGCAACAUCGAAAACGAUUCAUCAUUAUUGAUCAUUAAUCAGACUUACAUGUAAACGUCUGAGCUUCAGAACACACCACAUAAAGAAAUGCCGCUCUCCUCCACGCCACAGCGUGACAGGAUCACCCCACUGGUGGAGGGAUACCCAUCCCUGAGUCGCUGCGUCUCCUCCUUAAAAACAUCAAAUGCCCCCACAGUUGGAGAAAUGGGGAGGAGCCAGAAGGGUAGGGGAUGAAUUCAGUUUCGGCCCGAACUUGAACGUUUUAUCAACGUUUUUAACUGGAAGUUGGAGUGUGAUGUGAAACAGGAAACAUAAACUUCCUCUUUGUUCAAACCACAGGAACUACUUUGUCUUCCACCUGUAAAAGUGAUGUGUAAUCUGGUUGGAUAUAAUCCCAGGAAUCACGAGUUUAGUCUGACAGGAUGGACAAAAGACUAGAAUGACCGAUAACCUUAUAACGUCUGAUGGAGCAUUUAAACACACUUAGGUGCAGGAGCCAGGCGGGGGGGACACCAAAAGGCUUUGCCCCUCCCAUGUUCUUGGUCUUAAACAGCCUGUAACAUGCAAAACCAGUUUUUCAGAUUAUUAUUUGUUACCUUUAUUUGGGAGCCCUGGAAUAUUGCAAUGUUCAUUCCUCUCCUCCUCAUUCCCAUCCAAGCGGUUUUGGAUCCAUUCACGCAUCUCUGAGUGUUCCUCUACAAACCGGCUCUCUGAGCCCCUCCCAUCCCACCAGGACGAGCUGACGUGGAUAAGGAACCGCCCCUUCCAGGAAGAGUCUGCUGCCAGCCCCGCCCCCAGGCCAACACCGGCUGCCCCCUGACCUGCUAAACAUUGGCUCUGUCCCACGAUUCACCAGGAAACUAAAAACAACCUUUUCCAACUUGCAUAUUUCCUCCCAUAACUUAAAAUUCCUGGCCUGUUUUAAAGUGCAUAUUUUACUGUACAUUUUAUUGCUUUUUUAAAUUAUUUUUAACCUUCACUGUUUUAUGUACGGCGACCUUGGGUUCCUGGAAAGGCGCCUAACAAAUAAUAUGUAUUAUUGUAAUAACUUUAUUAAUAACGCACACCGGUUUCCUGAGUGGUGUUUGACAUAACACUUUAAAGUUUGGAUGUUUGUUUUCCGGAGAAAAACCAGGCAGACUAUGAUGAUGUCAUGAAAUGGGCGGCACCCAGACGGAGAGAAAGUCGGAGCCUCAGAGAGCGAGUCGUCUUACUUAUGGUUAGGAAAGAACCCAGCAAAAUACUCAAACUAAUCUUUAAUUAAAAAAAUGUUUUUAAAGUACCAAAAUUAAUAAAUAAUCAAAUAUAUGGAUGUUGUUUACCAUAAAAGGCUUAAGAAUAAUAUGCUACAGGCCCUUUGAUGAAUGAUGAAUAGAGAAUAACUGUGAGCUGUUAGUGAAUGUCUUAGUUUUGUUAUUGUUUUUUUUUUUUUUAUACAUAUGUAUAACACUUUGAGUUACAUGUGUAAAAAGUGCGUUAUCAAUAAAGUUUGAUUUGAUUUAAUUUGAGGUAAUUGGAAUGAUUUGCAUUUCAAUCAUCUUAAUAAAAUAACUUCUGAUAGAGAAAAUGAAUGUUUUAACUGUGAGAAACAAACUAAAUCAGUUUUUUCAGGAAAUGUUUCUUAGAUCCAAAGGUUUAAACUGACAGCAGAAACGACGAUGACUGUCGGAUCUGCACAGAAUCAGACAGUUGACCUGAACUGUCCUCUCUGUAAACACCAGAAACUAUCAGUCACCCAUUGAAACUGAUAUUACUAAAAGGUUUUGGACAGAAUGAACACGUUUUAGAAAUCACACAUUUGAUUCACACUUUCACAUGAAAUUUGAAUCAAUCAUAUUUGGUCUACAUGAAAAGAACACAAAUUCAAACAUAAAAUUAUAAGUAAUUUUUCACAAAUCAGGAUUUUCUUCACAACUUUUUUCCCUGUAAUAAUUAAAGAAUUAUAAACUUUAUUUACAUAUUAUUUCUAAUUGUCUAAACAAAAAGCCAUUGAAAACUGUCGGUCUUUGAACAUAUUCAAUGUGGUUUACAAUGUUUCUGUUGUUCCUGUCGUUCUUGUUCUCUAUGUUUUGAACAAUAAAGCAUUUACAAAACAAAA